AUGUGCUGCACGCUGAAUACAAAGCUUAAGAACGAACAUAAAUCUGUUCAAGUGAAUGACGGCAGAAGGAAAUCAACGGAGAAGAAGUUAGAAAGUCAUUUAACCGAUUCGACAUUGAAAAAGCUUGAGAUAAUAAAGAAGAAAUUUGAAACAUCAUCGCCUUGGACUUGGAAACCUUCAAGUUAA